UUUCUAUUCGACGACGACGCGACCACUUCUGUCUUGGCAAUGUGUCAUAACUCUAAAGGAAGACUUCGUAUCGAAUACGCAGCUGUCGGCCGUCGAAUCACAAGCGUCGAUGCCCUACACCAUCCCUCUUGUACCUCGUUGCGAAAGUGGAGAAAAGCCUAGGCAUGAUGGUGAUUGUCGGAGAACGUGAGGAAGCCGAGACAAGGGUGUACAUUGCCAUUGCUUGCUCGCCCCAGACGAUCCUACACCUGGAACGGAAACUUUGCCAUCCGAGAUGAAUGCCGGAAGACUUCAAAAGGCAGAGGUCCCGCCCAGUGUGGCGCUUGCUUUUCCUUACACUGGAAUCUGAUAUAGUUCCUCGUGAGCGAUCUUUAGUAUGGCGUUUCUGAUCAAUCAGUUGGGCACUUUGGCCGUUGCCAUCAUCGCAGCCGUGAUUGUCCGUGCGGUGGGAACGGUGAUCUAUAAUGUCUUCUUCCAUCCGUUGCGGUCGUUUCCAGGCCCACGCAGCUAUGCCAUGUCCCGGCUUCCGUACUGCUAUCGCCUCCUACGGGGUACAUUGCCCUUCGAUAUGCUAGCCCUGCACGAGAAGUACGGGGAUAUCGUGCGGAUAGCCCCUAAUGAAUUGGCCUUCUCGACGGCCGACGCUUGGAAGGACAUCAUGGGCCAUCAGGCCGCAGGCACCGAAGAGGUAGGGAAGUGGGCGCAAUUCUACCGUGCGAUCGACUACGUUCCAACCAGCAUCAUCAAUGCCCCCCGGGAAGAGCACAGCGUCCUGCGUCGGCAGAUGUCUCACGGGUUCUCAGAGAAAUCGAUGAGAGCACAAGAGCCUCUGAUCGGGCAGUAUGUUGAUCUGCUCAUCCAACGACUACGGGAGACGUCUGGUGGCUCCAACCCGCUGGACAUGGUCGCUUGGUACAAUUUUACUACGUUCGACAUCAUUGGAGACCUGGCGUUCGGGAAAGGCUUUGAUUGCUUGAAGAAUUCAUGCUACCACCCAUUCAUUCCUCUACUUCUCAAGUCGGCACAAACGGGCACGAUGCUGCUGGGCCUAGGCAGCCUCUUUCCCAGACUCAAGAGCUUUCUUCUCUCUGCGAUACCGAAGUCGAUGACGAGAAAGUUCGAAGAGCAGAGGGAGCUCUCCUUUGCCAACCUUCGUGAACGGAUGCAGGCGGGAAAAGGCCGCGAGGAUCUCAUCGAGGGGCUGCUGAGGAAGCAGGAUGAACUGGGACUCACUCUUGAUAAAUUGGAAGCGAACAGCACCAUUUUGCUCAUUGGGGGGUCCGAGACCACGGCGACGCUGCUCUCUGGCGUCACUUUUCUGCUGGUUACCAACCCAAAAGCACUGGCCCGGCUCGCCGACGAGGUCCGCAGUUCUUUCGCCAGCGAGGACGAGAUUGACAUCAACUCCGUGGGCCGGCUCACUUACAUGAUGGCUUGUCUGAACGAAACCCUGCGGAUGUAUCCUCCAGUCCCUGCCGGAUUACCCCGAGUGGUACCCAAGAGCGGGCGCCGAAUCGUGGGCCACGUUAUCCCCGAAGAUACGGUCGUCGCAAUCCACCACUGGGCCACAUACCACAACAAGAAGCACUUUGCCGACCCCUUCGAAUUCCACCCGGAGCGUUUUCUCGGCGACGAGCGGUACUCCAACGACAACUUUGACAUCCUGCAGCCCUUCCACGUGGGUCCUCGCAACUGCCUAGGACGAAACCUUGCGUACGCCGAGAUGCGUCUGAUUCUAGCCCGCGUGAUCUACAAUUUCGAUAUGGAGAUUGCGCAAGAUAGUUUGGAUUGGAUGGAGAGGCAGAAGGUGUACUUCCUUUGGGAGAAGCCUCCUCUGCAUGUUCAUCUCACGCCGGUCGCGGCUUGACAGUGUGGUGAACACACCCUGUCGCACGGUCUGAUUGUGUCUAGCUUAGCUUACCGAGAUCUGUUCUGCUUCGAAUUAUAUUAUCCCUACGUGUC